UGAUAGAAUCACUCUUGAUUCUGUUUUAGCUGAAACAUAAUUACAAAACAUGUCCGCAAAAGCUGUGCUCGUCUUCUGUGCCUCUGCACUCUUAGUCCAGAGCGCUGUUGGCACCUGUCUUGGACGCCUCGGCACCGGCUGGGGCUAUGGCGGUCUCGGCUACGGAGCUCUGGGUUACGGCGGAUGGGGCUAUGAUGGAUUUGGCUACGGUGGUCUUGGCUAUGGUGGUCUUGGAUACGGUCGUCUGGGAUGCGGCAUUGGCGCCAUCGCUCCUGCUGCGGACAUCGCUGUCGCCAGCGGCCUCGGAGCUGCUUAUGGUGGUGGUCUCGGUGUGUCCAGCGCUUCUCCCAUGGCUCCCACCGGGCUUGCCGUAGCCUCUGAGAACGUAUACGAGGGUGCUGUCGCUGUUGGCGGUAACCUGCCUUUCCUGGGAACCGUGGAAGUUGCCGGAGAGUUCCCCACCGCUGGUGCUGGUGCUGUCUCGUACGGUUGUGGUGAUGGUGCUGUUGGCAUCGCCGCUGAGGGUCCCAUCGGAGCUGCUAUCGGUCCCGCCUACGGAUACGGAGGUCUGGGCGGAUUCGGUGUCGGAGGUUACGGACUCGGACUCGGCUACGCUGGAGUCGGCGCGCGCGGUUGCGGUUGCGGCUGCGGUGCUUGGUACUGAAACUCUGAUAACCAUAUAACCUGAUACCAUAAGAAAUAAAAAUAUCUAAUAAGCAAGUAAUUAUUUUGUGUAAUUUCUUCAAACUCAC